UUUUAAAUUCAAAGUAAAAAGAACCUAUUCCAUAUUACUUCGAGCUAGAGCUCACAACCGUUUUCAAAAUUAACACAUUAAAUUCGACGAACUACAAACUAAAAGAAUAGAGUACUUCCACUCCGAUCGACAUGUGUUUCAACGAACUUGAGGAUCGCAGUUUGCUGCCAGACUGUCACAUCGCGAACAGAGUGUUCCUCUUCUCGCUGCUGCAGUCUCUCCAGGAGCAGGAGCGUCGUCCAGAGGAAGUGGAUGUCCAGUUGCGGGAUCGCUACAAUGUAUUCCGCCAGGUGCUGCCCAAUUAUCCGCUGCCUGAACAGGAGAACUCUGAUGUCAGAAUGUAUUUUUUGCGGGAUCAGGAGCAACAGCAUUCAGUCCCAGUCUCCAUGGACGCGGACUCAUCUGGCGAUGGGAUGAGCGAAUCCAGCCUGGACAAUGAUUCCAGCCAGAUCGCCCUUUCCGGCAACAGGAUGGACUGGCCGAUUUAACUAAAAUGUCUGGGCUUGUUUAAGCAUCACAAACCCACAUAAAUUCAAAAAGUGAAAUUAUUUCUUUGGCUAAAUGUCUGCCAAGUGAUGUUAAACGUAAUGAAAGUAAAACCUGACCAUUAAACGCUAAACAAUAAAAAAGAAAAUAAAAC